AUGCGUAGAAUUUCGAACGAACCUUACGAUACGGAUGUGAUGGCUCGUGAAUUUUCGAUGCAGUUUCCGCAGCAUGCGUUGACCGUUGGUCAGGACUUGGUGUUCCAAUUUCAGAACGACAAGCAGAUAAUUAGCCUCAAAGUCAAGGAGAUGGAAGUCUCAAUGUUGAACCUCAUAACUGUUUUAGCAGUCAACGUUGGAACGCUCAAAGGAUAUGCCACUGCAGCAAAGCUCCCACCCUGUAAAAUCGAAGUCGGCAUGCUGUUGUCUAAUUCAGCGAUAAUCUUCGAAAAGGCUGAGACAUCAUCGAUCACGCUCGUUGGCAAGUGCAAAGGCAAACAGGCUUUCCGAUCGAUUAUCAAUCCGGACUGGGAUUUCCAGAAAAUGGGCAUUGGCGGUCUUGACAAUGAAUUUUCAGCCAUAUUUCGGCGGGCUUUCGCAUCGAGGGUUUUUCCUCCGGAGUUCAUCGAACAGUUAGGUAUGAAGCACGUACGCGGUAUUCUGUUGCACGGCCCACCGGGAACCGGCAAGACGCUGAUGGCGCGGCAAAUCGGCAAGAUGCUGAACGCUCGCGAACCAAAGAUCAUCAAUGGGCCGCAGAUUCUGGACAAGUACGUCGGCGAAUCCGAGGCGAAUAUCCGAAAGCUGUUCGCCGACGCGGAGGAAGAGGCAAAGCGGGUUGGCAUCAACAGCGGUUUGCACAUAAUCAUUUUCGAUGAGAUCGACGCGAUUUGCAAGCAACGAGGAUCAGUGGCCGGAAGUACGGCGGUCCACGAUACCGUUGUCAAUCAACUGUUGGCUAAGCUGGAUGGCGUCGAGCAGUUAAACAACAUAUUGGUUAUAGGCAUGACCAACCGCUUGGACAUGAUCGAUGAAGCUCUUCUUCGCCCUGGCAGACUCGAGGUGCAGAUGGAAAUAGGAUUGCCUGAUGAAAAGGGCCGCCUACAGAUCUUGAACAUCCACGUGGCGCGCAUGCGUGAAUUCGACAAGCUGGCUAGUGAUGUGGACAUCAACGAGUUGGCAGCGUUAACGAAAAACUUCUCUGGUGCCGAAAUCGAGGGUCUUGUUCGAGCAGCGCAGUCUUCCGCUAUGAACCGGCUCGUCAAGGCUUUUGGUCACUCUUCGGACCAGCUCGAUCGGUUCAUCUCUGCUGGAGUCAUCAUAUGGAAUUCAGAAGUUCGCGAAAUACUGGACGUUGGGGAUCUUCUUGUGCGCCAAACGAAAUCUCCCGAUUGUCGAGGCCUUGUUUCGGUGCUGAUCGAAGGUCCUCCAAAUUCCGGAAAAACGGCAAUCGCUGCAAAAAUUGCGAAGAAUUCUGAUUUUCCAUUUAUUAAAGUCGUGUCCCCCGAAGACAUGGUUGGUUAUAGCGAAACCGCUAAGUGUGCCGUGCUUCGAAAGGCGUUUGAUGAUGCAUACAAAUCUCCGCUGUCUGUUCUGCUCGUGGAUAAUCUCGAAAGACUCAUCGAUUAUGGACGCAUUGGACCACGCUAUUCGAAUUUGGUUCUACAGGCUCUGUUAGUAUUGAUUAAGAAGCAGCCACCACCGGUGAACUUCGUCUGUGGUAUUGUUUUACAGUAUUUUGAUUGUGGUUCGUUCUUUCAGGGUCGACGUCUGCUUAUCAUCGCCACAACGAGUUUAAGGAGCGUAAUGGAAGAUUUUGAGGUCGUCCCAGCCUUUAGUUCGGUGCUGCAUAUAAGCCCCUUGAGAAAUUACGAAGACAUUUUGGCGGUACUUGAACAGACAGAGCUUUUCGAUCCAAAAGAAAUCGUCAUUCUGCAGAACAUGAUGCAGGGAAAAAGGUAUUUGGUUGGCAUCAAAAAACUGUUGGAUAUAAUUGAUCUAACGAGACAAUCUGAAGAAGAGUACCGAGUGGCUUUGUUUUCAUCAAAGCUUGACGAAGGAAGUUCUAAUUUUUUCACAGAUGGUAUGGCUUAG